CUGGAGUCGACUGCAGCUGCCCCCAGUGCAGCAUCAUCAGUGACCGCCUGUCUCCUCGGUUAAAGUCUUACCCCCAAUCUGCUUUUAUUGGCUGAGACAAAAAUAUAUAUAUUACCAAUCCCUAAAGUUGAGCUGGUAAAGUUAAAAUGAACCAACUUUAAUCCCUUCCUUCUCUGUUUUGGUUCGGACCUUGUGGGUAUUAGUCUACAAAUGGAUAAUGGAGACUGGGGCCAUAGGAUGACUACCCCUGUUACCCUGAACGUGGGAGGCCACCUGUACACCACCAGUCUAUCCACCCUCCAGCGUUAUCCGGACUCCAUGCUCGGUGCCAUGUUCCGGGGAGACUUCCCCACAACUCGUGAUUCCCACGGGAAUUAUUUCAUCGACCGCGAUGGAACCCUUUUCCGAUACAUCCUGAACUUCUUGCGGACGUCCGAGCUCACCCUUCCUGUGGAUUUCACAGAGACAGACCUGCUGAGGAAGGAGGCGGACUUCUACCAGAUUGAACCUUUGAUCCAGUGCCUUAACGACCCCAAGCCGCUGUACCCCCCAGACAUCUUUGAGCAGGUGGUGGAGCUCUCUAGCACUCGAAAACUGUCAAAAUACUCCAACCCUGUUGCGGUAAUCAUUACACAGCUGACCAUAACAACAAAGGUUCACGCGCUGCUCGAGGGCAUUUCCAACAACUUUACCAAGUGGAACAAACACAUGAUGGACACGAGAGACUGCCAGGUGUCUUUCACCUUCGGACCAUGUGACUAUCAUCAAGAGGUGUCUUUAAGAGUCCACCUCAUGGACUACAUAAUGAAACAAGGCUUCACUAUUCGGAACACGAGGGUGCACCACAUGAGUGAGCGCGCAAACGAGAACACCGUGGAGCAUCACUGGACUUUCUGUAGACCAGCUCACAAAGUCGAAGACUGACUUGUGGCACAGCCGUUGUUGCUCGGACGUUACAGUGAGACCUGUCUUUGUAAUGCAUAAAUCAUUAUUCAGCAAAAAAUGAUGUACUGCUGUUUUUUUUUAUGUUUCAUCCUGUAUGAGAGAAGGCUUGAGCUUAAUAGCAAAAUCCAUGCAGCAAAGGCAAAUUAAAAAUAUAAAUUUCUGACUUGCGAAACUGUUUAAGGAAAAUAUUUCUUGAGCUCAACCCGCAUGUAGAUUUUCUUGGAGUAUUUGGAGUCUACAAAACAUCCCAAGUGUUUUCCACAUGUCUAAUGAUGCAAAAAAACGUCAUUUUGACCGGAAUUGAAAAAGAGCAAGUAAUGAAAGUCAUGCAUUUAUUUGAGACACAUUGCCUGAGUUUGGUAGCAAAUCUUUAAUUGUAACACUAAUUCAUUUAAAACCUCAAUUUGUAGGCCCAAGUUUAAAAAAAAAACAUUUUUGGGGGGAAAACGUUCUCAUUAGCAAAAAAGUAAACAUUUUUCCCUCCACUGAUAGUGGAGUGUACUAAUUAAUUUCUCUACUUGUAUGUUUUGUCCAGUAGAUGUCUGGUGAGUAAAAUUAGACUUAGUCUCUUAGAUCCCCUGUAGAUCCCAUGGUACUAUUAGGCCCCUUCAUAGUUGAUGCAUGUGUCUUGUGUAUGUAUAACUUAUGUGUCUGCUGUUUGCACUUUAUGAUACUCUGUCAUAAUGUCAACAGUUAUGUGUUUGAUUGUUCCUGCCAAAAAUAAACCAGUUUGUGUAUUUCAUUUUAAUCAUUUAGCUCUAUUAAGACUUUUCCCUUGUCAAUGACAUCUUGAGUUGUAACUCAUAGAAGGCUGCAACCAGUUUUAAAAAUAUUUUUUCUUCUUUCAUUGGAUGAAAAUAAUGCCUUGUUCCAGUCUGAUUUCUAAGUAAACAUAAGUUGCUCUUU